GUCAAGAGUACAUGAUCAAGUUCACUGAAAUGCCGAAUAGCCUAACGGGUCUGUUGAGAGUACAUUAAAACUGGGAACCUGUGUUAAUUAACAUUUUCUACAAUUUUUAAACAGAGAAUAAUUGACAUCUAAAUCACGUUGGAUGUUCUUGACUCCAGCGAUGAAACAUAUUUGGCUUUUCGGGCUCGGCGUCCUGCUGCUUUCAGGAUGGAGCCAGGCUCAAGAAGGGGUUGGCACAGUGGAAGAGGUCACAGUUGAUGCCGACCUGGGUUCAUCCAGAGAAGGAUCCCGCACUGACGCCGAGGCCGUGCUGCGCGAGGAGGAGGCCAUCUCCCCGGACGCGCUGAGCGUGGCGCAGAUGAAGGAGCUGCGCGACCGCGCGCAGAACUACACGUUCCAGACGGAGGUCAACCGCAUGAUGAAGCUCAUCAUCAACUCGCUCUACAGAAAUAAAGAGAUCUUCCUCCGCGAGUUGAUCUCGAACGGUUCAGAUGCGUUGGACAAGAUCCGUCUGAUGUCGCUGACGGACCGCGGCGUGCUGGAAGCGAACCCGGAGCUCAGCAUCCGCAUCAAGGCCGAGCCCGACAAGCGGCUGCUGCACAUCAUCGACUCCGGCGUCGGCAUGACGCGCGCCGACCUCAUCAACAACCUCGGCACCAUCGCCAAGUCCGGCACCGCGGACUUCCUGUCCAAGAUGCAAGACGGCGAGAAGAGCGCGGCCCCCGAGAUGAACGACAUGAUCGGCCAGUUCGGCGUCGGCUUCUACUCCGCCUUCCUCGUGGCCGACAGCGUCACCGUCGCCUCCAAGCACAACGACGACCGCCAGCACGUGUGGCAGUCCGACGCCAACUCCUUCAGCGUCGCCGAGGACCCGCGCGGCGACACCCUCAAGCGCGGCACGCAUCUCACGCUGCACAUGAAAGAGGAAGCGAGCGACUACUUGCAGGCGGACACCAUCCGCGCGCUCGUCAAGAAGUACUCGCAGUUCAUCAACUUCCCCAUUUACUUGUGGGCCUCGCGCACCGAGACCGUGGAGGAGCCCGUGGAGGAGACCGCGGAGGAGCGCGACGCGGAGGGCGACGAGGACGCGCAGGUCGAGGACGCCAAGGACGACGCCGAACCGAAGACCAAGAAGACCGAAAAGACCGUCUGGGACUGGGAGCUCAUGAACGACAACAAGCCGAUCUGGACGCGCAAGCCCAGCGAGGUGCAGGACGACGAGUACGCGCAGUUCUACAAGAGCCUCACCAAGGACGAGUCGCCUCCGCUGGCGCGCGCGCACUUCGUGGCCGAGGGCGAGGUCACCUUCCGCGCGCUGCUGUUCGUGCCGCGCGUGCAGCCCGCGGACAGCUUCAACAAGUACGGCACCAAGACCGACCACAUCAAGCUGUACGUGAGGCGCGUGUUCAUCACGGACGAGUUCAGCGACCUCAUGCCCAACUACCUCGCCUUCGUGCAGGGCAUCGUGGACUCCGACGACCUGCCGCUCAACGUGUCCCGCGAGACGCUGCAGCAACACAAGCUCAUCAAGAUCAUCAAGAAGAAGCUCGUGCGCAAGGUGCUCGACAUGCUCAAAAAGAUUCCUGACGAUGAAUACGAACACUUCUGGAAGGAGUACUCCACCAACAUCAAGCUCGGGGUGAUGGAAGAUCCCAGCAACCGCUCCCGUCUUGCCAAGCUGCUGCGGUUCCACUCUUCCCAUUCGGAGGAGAAGACCUUCCUGUCAGACUACGUGAAGCGCAUGAAGCCCAAGCAACACCACAUCUACUACAUCGCGGGCUCCAGCCGCGCUGAGGUGGAGAAGUCGCCGUUCGCCGAGCGCCUGGUGAGCCGCGGCUACGAGGUGCUGUACCUCACCGAGGCCGUGGACGAGUACUGCCUCUCCUCGCUGCCCGAGUACGACGGCCACAAGUUCCAGAACAUCGCCAAGGAAAUAUUCGACCUGGAGGAAGGCGACCGCGCCAAGGAGAAGCUGGAGGCCUACAAGAAGCAGUACGAGCCGCUGACGCGCUGGCUGGGCGACAAGCUGGGCAGCUGGAUCACGCGCGCCACCGUGUCGCGGCGCCUGGCCCGCUCGCCCGCCGCGCUGGCCGCCACCGCCUUCGGCUGGACCGGCAACAUGGAGCGCCUCGCCCUCUCCAACGCGCACCAGAAGGCCGACGACCCGCAGCGCCGCCACCACCUCACGCAGAAGAAGAUGCUGGAGAUCAACCCGCGCCACCCCAUCGUGGCCGAGCUGCUGCGCCGCGUGCAGGACGACCCCGACUCCGCCGACGCGCUGCUGGCCGCCCACACCCUCUACCGCACCGCCGCCCUGCGCUCCGGCUACGUGCUGCAGGAGGGACAGGCCGUGCUCUUCGCAGACUCCGUCGAGACCAUGCUGCAGCGCACCCUCGGCCUGCCCGCCGACGCCGCGCCCGAGCUCGACGACGAGGCCGACGACGACGCCGACGCCGAGGCCGACACCGAGGCCGACACCGAGGCCGACACCGGGGCCGACACCGGGGCCGACGCCGAGGCCGACGCGGAGCCGGAGCGCGACGAGCUGUAGAGUGUAGUGACUGCGAACCGAGUGUUUGUGUCGAGUGCUCAAACAAACCUUAGUCUUAUUGUAAAUAAUUUAUAUUUAUAUUAUUAAAAAAACUAAGAAAUUGUCA